CGUCUCCCUGCGCUGCUCUCCCGCCGUCAGCAUGAAGGUCGAGUUUGCCCCCAUCAACGUCCCGCUGAAGAGGAGGUUCCAGACGGUCGCUGUGCUGCAGUGGAUCUUCUCCUUCCUCCUGCUGGCGGAGGUUUGCUGUGGAUUCUUCGUGAUCCUGAUCCUGGGCAACUUCUGGUUCCUUGCUGUUCUGUACCUGCUGUGGCUCUACGUCGACUGGGACACGCCAUGCACAGGGGGCAGGCGGUACCAGUGGGUCAGAAGCUGGACUGUUUGGAAGUAUUUUAGGGAAUACUUUCCCAUUCAUCUUAUAAAAACUUCAGAUCUGAGUCCAAAACACAACUACUUACUUGGCUUUCACCCCCAUGGGGUCCUCGUAGCUGGAGCCUUUGGAAACUUUUGUACUGGUUCAGGUUUCAAAAACUUAUUUCCUGGGCUUACUCCAUAUCUUCAUAUCAUGCCCAUCUGGUUCGGCUGUCCCUUCUUCAGAGAAUACAUAAUGAGUGCUGGAAUGGUUUCUGCAUCCAAGGAGAGUGUCUCGUACGUGCUGAAUAACAAAGGAGGUGGCCACGCGUCCAUCAUUGUGAUCGGAGGAGCAGAGGAAUCCCUGAAUGCACAUCCUGGAAGCUUAACUUUGAACAUCCUCAACAGGAAGGGCUUUAUUAAAAUGGCCUUGAAACAUGGGGCUCAUCUGGUCCCGGUGUUCUCCUUUGGUGAAAAUGAACUAUUCAAGCAAGUUGCAAACCCCAAAGGUUCCCGGCUCAGAAACAUACAGGAGAAAUUGCAAAAGAUAAUGGGCUUUGCCUUACCGCUCUUCCAUGCUAGAGGAGUAUUUCAAUACAGUUUUGGCUUAAUACCUUACAGGCAACCUAUUCAUACUGUCGUGGGAAGCCCCAUCCCUGUAAAACAGAACUUGAACCCCACCACUGAAGAGAUUGAACAGCUACAUGCAUUAUACCUACAGAAACUAAGAAAACUAUUUGAAGACCACAAAAGAAAUUAUGGGAUCCCUGAGCAUAAAUCUCUCAUCUUCGAGUAGCAAAUUAUUUGUAAUUCCAAAUCUUGUGGAAAAAAACCAGUGUAUGCUGAAAGAUGUCUUUCUUGCAAUCAGUAUUUUGCAAUCUGUAAUCAUCCUUGUGUAAGGAAUAAUUUUAAGAAGGGAUUAUUAGAUGAUUUAUUGAUUUUUAUCUUACUCUUGGGGGAAAAAAAAAAUUCCUUAGGGUGUGAGCCUCAAAGCUGUGAGCUGUUUUGAGUUGUCCUUUUAGGUUCAUCCAUACCAGAAAUGCUAGUGAGAAAUUCAACACGCAUGUUCUUACCACCGUGGUACCAAGCCAUAGCUUGAGCAGGGGAAAUUGCCCUGGCAUGAGAUCAUGAACAGGAAAAGUUAAAAAACGAGAAAUCAGUGAUGAGAAGUUGAGAGACUUAAAGGCAGGUAUUAAACAUGACAUCAGGUUGUUCUCUGAAUAUCAGAAAACCCUGCUGCUCUUCCACAGAAAUGAAGGUGUGUGUUUUCAGAUAAGUCGUUUACAUAUAAAUUCAAGAAUAAAUAGGAGCUUUCUGCCCUAAAUAACAAACCCUCUGUUUGGAGGAAGAACAGCAUGUGAAGUUUUCUGUGUGCAUGUAUAGGCUGGGUGGUGGGAAGCACUGAAUGAUGUGACUUUUUUGGACAACCUGUGCUUUGGAGUGUCAGUUUGGAAGAUGAAGUGGCUUUGUUGGGUAGUUCCAGCCUCAGAGGGGGUGGCAGGCAGAGGACAGGAGAAGCUUACCGGGGAAGCUGGUGGGGGAAUCAGGUGAACUUUACAUCCUGUGCAAAUUAAAAAUGAUCAUACACCGAGCACUUUCACAGAAGGAAGAGGAGCCCAGUCUGUUCAGUCCAGUUCUGAAACUUCACCAAGAAAAGCAUAUUUGAUAUCUGGUGCCUGUCUGCUGGUAGGUGUGGGGAUGUAUGUGGCAAGCUGUGCCGCAGUGUGACACGGCUGUGCUUGCCAAGGUGGCAUCAGCACAGCUCUGGGGUGCAGCAGGUUCAGAGGGUGCUUUGUGUUCAAACCAAGUGCCUACGUUGGAGAAGGUGUAGCCUCUUCUCCAGUUAAAAUACUUAAAUCUCUGAGAUGAUGGUGUGUGUGAAGAGGAUGGUAGUAUAUUACUGCUUUUUUUUUUUUUUACAAGAUAAAUUCUUGUAUUUGUAAACACUUUGUAUCUCCACAAAGACUUUGUAGAUCUGGUUUUAUUGAAAAGUGAUUGAUAUGCCUCAAGCAAUUCUGGUGCCUGAAUAUUCCAUCAGUUACAUGCUCUGACAGGACAUGUGCAGGCUGGUAGGGCAGGCUGGGUUAACCACAGCUGGGUCAGUUUGGCACUGGUGUGCCCUGGGGACAGCAGUGCUGGUUCCACAGGGGCACUGGACACACCAUGUGCUUGCUGGGCUGCAGCUUCCUCAGAAAGAAUGCAGCUGGAGUUUUGGGGAAAAGUUAAAACUCUGGAAAGAAAAGGUCUUUGCGAGAUAAAGAUCCUUUAAAAAAAUGGAUGGAUAUAUCUUGACUCCUGAGAAGUGGACCCCUAACAAACCAAAGCCCCAAAGCUGAGUAAAGAUUUGCCAGACAGAGCGGAUGUACCUCCAACAGCAGGUUGGUUUCCUUGGGAGGGCUGUUCCUUCCAGUGCCUGUCUGUCAUUCAGAGGUGACCAGCACUGAGCAGUGAAUCCUGCUCUCACUUUCUCUAGGAUGCAGAUGUCUUUCUAAGAGCCAUGGCUAGAAUUCAUGGUGCCUGAAGAAGUAGCCCCCUGUUCCCUGACAGGCUGCUGUCAAUGUGCCCACAAUUCACCUCUGCUCUGCUUGAACUUUGUCAGCUCUACCUGUGCUUGCCCUCCCUUCCCAUGCUUUUGCUGCCUGAUGGCUACUGUGGUGUAGACAUCUUACUUCUGUGCUCUCUGUCCUUCUUUCCCUGGGUUAAGAUCUCUGAAGGACAAGGUGUGCAUUCAAAAUAUUGAGUGGUGGCUUAUUGUUCAGCAGAAAUGGGUUUUAGGAGCAGGGCUUGUGAAGAAGAAUGACUGUAACUGUGCGUGUUUAACGUGAGUUUAAGAUCAGGAUUGUUUCAGCUCUUGGGAAGGCAUUCAUCUAGGGAGGUCAAACAUAGCAGGUUUGAUACCUGGGAAGAGGUCUCUAGGGUCCUGAGGACUGCAGUAAGUGAUGAGCCCUGAGUAGUCAUUUUUGUUUAUCCAGCUGUGUGAAAUUUCCUUCGAAUUUGUUAUUUUGCUGCCUGCCCUGGUGAGUAGCGCUGAUUAGUCAUGAAAGAAUUUGGAGUCUGUCAGACCGUUCUCUCCUAGAUCACCUGCUCUAAUGAGAUACUUCCUCUCAUUCUCAGCCUGCUCUUUACCUAUUACUGUAAUGAUAUAGGACCUCAGGAUGUAAAUUUAAAAGCAUUAGCAUUGGGUUGAGGAUAGGAAGUAACAAUGAAUUUUUGUUCAUCAAAUUAGCCAAAACUUCUAGGGAACAUGUGGAUAUUGAUUCUGGGGCAGCAUCUGGUCCAGAGGGUACCCAACAAACAGGCUUGUCUCUGAAUUCCAUGAGAAAAUUAUUUUUGGGCUCUGAAUACCAUCCAUAAGUGACACAGGCAGAACAAGAAGGGAUUGUGUUGCUCUGACUACUGACAUUUUCGUUGCUUUGUAAACAGGAAGAUGGGGGGAAAAAAAGAAAAUAAAAUUUCCAAGUACUUAAAUACUUAUUGUUGCUCAGUAAGUUCUGCAUGUUGCUUAUGAUGGUCAUUCUGAACUGCCUUUCGUUAACAAAUAGUGUAUCUGGGAGUGUUUUAAAAUAGAAUAUCAGUCUCCAAACUUGGUAGGCGUGGUGUCAUCUGACAUAUUUACCUCUGUGUUAGAAUGUCAAUUUGUAAAACAGCCCUGAAGCAGACCAGUUGUGGCUAGUGCAGGCACAGUCUGACCAUUGCUGCAGCCAGGAGGAGGCUUCCCACGUUCGUUAGAGUAACGACGCAGCCUUCAGCCAUGGUCCCUGCCUGGCAAAGCAGGAGCAAGCAGCUGGUAGGAAUGGUGACCCCUGCCUCCACCAGCAGUGGUGAGGAGAGCCAGGUAGUGCUCAGGCUUCUGGUGGGAUGUCCAUGCUUACUGGGGUGCUUUGUGGUGUGUUUCUCUUCGUGCCUUUUAACAACACGGGGAGUCCCCGGGAUGCUGGUCAUCUGUCCACAAGGUGUAGAUGCUCCAGGCUCUCUGCCAGGCAAACACCACCUCUUGGUGUGCUGGAGCUGCUGGUGCCUGCCUCUUCCCCUGUGGGUGAAUGUCUCUCUGCCAAAUUCUGUUUACAAGAAACUCUUUACACAUCAGUCCUCAAGAAUUGUUCCCUUGUGAACUAUAAAGCACAUGUUACACUUUGUAACUUUUUAUGGUACCUGUAAAAUAUGAAUGUCAGUUGUUUCAAUGAUGGCUGUGGCAAGGAGGUGUGAGAUA